AUGUGAUAAUCAGUCUUGAUUUGGUUCUGACAAUCCAAACUUGAAGAAAAAAUGAAAUUAUUCGUUGUUCUUGCUGCCUGCAUGGCUGUCGCUUCUGCCCUCUACGGUGGAGAAGGAGGCCACGAACACGUCGACUACUAUGCUCCUCCUCAUUACAGCUACGAGUACAAAGUUGAAGACAAGCACACAGGCGACUACAAGAGCCAACACGAGACCAGGGAAGGGGACAAAGUCAAGGGAUUCUACAUGCUGAAAGAACCCGACGGUACUAUCAGGGAAGUCCAUUACACAGCUGACAAACACAACGGUUUCAACGCCGAAGUCAAGAGGGUCGGACACGCCGUCCACCACUACCCUCUGUACCAUCAUCAGUGAUUUUCCUGUAUAAACUGGCAGCAAUAAAACGAUGUGAUAUAUCAAAAUUUA